CCGAUUUCCACGAGCAGCUCGUUAUCGAGCGUGCGCCGCAAUUCUGUUGUGGAUGCUGGUUACCCUUGGUGACGGGGCGGAAGAGAGCAGGCGCUUCAAACCUACCCCCAGACAAGGGGUUGAAGCCUUCAGUCCACCACCGCCAACCUCAGACGAUAACUAAAGGUGUUGCCAUGCCAGAUGGCUGACAGUGGUGGCGCCCUGGGUUGCUGUCUAUGCCUCUACCCGAGGGUCGAUCCCCCGCGAACUCCUCCCCUUCCCAAACCACCGACUCCCGUUUCCUGCAAGAAAAUCCUCAAGAAAACAAACAAGGUUCUGUUGUAUCCAGAAGAAGGGUGGGCGAGAAGCGCAGCUUCCUCAUAUUGGACGCUCACGCCCUGCUGGUGGAGCAGGUCUGCGUGCACAGUUGUCGAGGUUGCUGGCACAAGGAGGUACUCGACCAGGGCAAAAAUGGUGGAGUCUGAAAUUGGGAAUCUCUCUAUUGUUGGUUCUUUCAAGAAGUCUGUACCUGACCCGGAUUUCAAGCUGUGGCUGACCUCCAGCAUAAGCAUAUCGGACAGAAACAUGGGCUACUGCAUGACCGGCAGCCUGGACCGGGGCUCGAAGUCGGACCACAGUUACCAGACGACACACUUCGCCGUCAUAAGACAGCAGCAGCUCCAGCCGAACCGAUUUUGAACGGAAAUCCGUCAAAUAUGAAAAAAGACGACGUCGACGACUAACUGGACUUCGUGCUUUUCCGAAAAGCAGUUUUAGCUACAUAUAAUUAUUUUUUAAAAAUACGAGUCGUCGGACCAAUUUUACAACAUUUUUGUAGUCGACCUUUCCCCUGUUAUUUAUUUAUUUGUGUAAAUGAUCUUUGUUUUAUUGUAGUUAUAUUUCUUUGAGGUACGAGAGCUUUAAAGUCAAUUAUUGCUCGGUUUUCAUUGUAUAAAAAGUGCAACAUUAGAUUGUAACAAAGAUAGUUAGUAAGCAACGAAUUUUCCUAUCGGCUGGGCCAAUAUUUUACACCAUGUGUGAUUUUCAUAAAAUGAUUUUAUAGAGGUGGUCAAUUAUGCUACUUUAAUUUGAAAGAAAGUAAAAAAAAAAAAAAAAAAAGACGUCCCUGACAUAAACAUUAUUUCUGUGGUACCGGAAUGAGCUUAUGCCAUAUUUAUUGCAAUAUGAUUUCUUUAAUUAAGCCUGAGGUUUAAAAUUAUAUUUUCUACAAAAUUUCUGUUUUUUCAUAAGUAGUUAAAUUUAAAAAUUAAAUUUUUCCAUGAUUGAUGACUAAAAACAAAAUUUAUUAGCCUGAAUUUAGUGUCAUGUUUUCAGUUGAAUGUGGGUUGUUGUAAUGUACAUUUUCCAAAAGAAAAAAAAUGAUCUUAUCAAUUCCAUAUUCCAAUUGAUUCGAGAUUAAUAUUAUGUAAUUUAUUAAUAAAAACGUAUUCAAUAUAUUCAUAACGGAUUGUUUUCAGUUUUCACUGGAAGGAGAGUCAAAUCAACGUUCUCAUUCGUAGGGGGUAGUUCACAAAGGGGUGGUUUUGAUUGGGCUCGGGGGUAUCGGGCAAGCGGAAAUGCAUUAAUGGCCCUAGUCUCAACUCGUAUCGGAUUAGCCGUCCGAAACCCUUCCGCGUUUUUCCACUGGAUAAUGAAUGGAAUUAUCCCUGUCACAUGUGAAGAGCGCGGACAAUGUAUAUAAUUUUCAUUAAAUCUUUAAAUAAAUAAAAAAUAUUUAAAAAGAAAGGUCUGCAUUCAAGUCUUUAAGAAAGUGUACAGGAAAAGCAAUAUGAAUUAACAGUAGGCUUAAAUGGAAAUGGAUUAUCACUCAGCUUUAGCCAUUGCCCGGAUGUCUUGGUUUUUCAACCAAACUAUUAUCGCAAACUAACGAAAAUUUUAAAAAAAUUCAACAUUGAUUAAUUCAAUAUUUACUGAAAUUUUUUACGUCUAUGAUAACAAAGCUUCAAAAUGCUGAAAUGAAACAUAAAACAAAAUCUUCAUAAAGGUAAAAAUGAAUGGUUUUAUAUCGUCAAUUAAGCAAAGCUACCAAAAUGGAUGUGGCUAAGUUUGAUGAGCGUUGUCCACUUUUUGUUUGUGCACCCUGCAUUUUUGAUUUACAAUCCUGAUUUUCUGUCAUACAUUUUUUCUUUAUUACUAUUAGAAAACUUUGAGAAACCGCUGAGCUAACGUAGUUGUAGUAUCAAUUUUUAUAACUUUUGACUGUUUUAUUGCCUAUUGAGAGUUGUUACUUUAAAAUCAGGUUAUUUACUGAGCUUUGUUAAUGUAGAAAUUUAAAAAAUUGUUGCCAUCUUAAUUUUCAUAUUAUCAGGUGGUUCAAAUUGUCCAAUAUUGUUUAAGUAGGCGUUGUUAUGUUGGUUGGGCGUGGUCAAGGUUUGUUUUCUGGCCCAGUUACACUGAACUUGUGGAUUAGAAUCCUAAAUUUCUAUCGAUUUUUUUAAAUAUUUUCCCCAAAACAUUUUGUCGGCAGACUUAAACAUUUAAGUCGCGUAUAGAGUGGUACUUUACGUACACUUCCGAUAAAUUCAGUGUUUCUGGAAUGAUCAUAUCAAAGUUAUUAAUCGCAGCAACGUUUCGUGUUUCUUAUCGAGAUUCUUCAAGCCAACUAUCGCUGUACAGAAUUUUUAUAUUAUAAAAUUUUGUCAAAAUUGCGUGGCUAAGUCGGUUGGGCGUGGUCAAGGUUUAUUUCAAUGCCUGUUUGAGAAUGUUUUCCUGCUAAUUUUUCCUUUUUUUUCAAUUUGAGAAUGUUUUUAUUUGUUUAUAAAAACCUUUGAUCUGAUUUAAUUCUUUUGUUUCAAAACUAAGUUUGUUUAGUCUUUUCUAACUGUCCUGGCAAUUGUUAUUUAUUCUUAUUUCUUUAAAUUUUAACUUAUGUUCUUAUACUCUUCCUUUAAUUUUUUAAUGGAAAGCUCGGCUUGCUGCCUUUUUUCUGAAAAUGGUUUAUAUUUAGAUGGCAAUUAGAUUUGUUUUUUAGUAUGCAUAGUUUUUCUAUACUUUGUUCCUUUCAUGUUCUUUUUCUUGGAAGAAGUUCUGCCAAUUUACAUCAUAGGCGUUAAUUGUCGGCCAAUUUGUAAGACAUCCAACGGUGGUAAUAUAUUGAUUCGGGGAUUAGAGCUACAGGUGUCUUGAACCGAGGCAUUACUACCCUACAAUUAUGAUUUCCCUUCUAAUCUAACGAUUAAAAAUGCAUUUUUUCAGUACUAAUAGGAAUGAUAAAUGAAAACCAGUUGUGAUUGAUUUGUAAAUAUUCCUUACAAUAUAUUUCACCGCCAAUAAAAUAAUUUGAAAAAUCGUUAUUGAAUUAUUCCUAUGAAACUUUGUAAUAAUGAUUUUUUUACAAAUGUGUCAAUGGUUGUUUGUAAAAAUGUAGAUUUCAUAACUGCUCUCUAAUUAAAACAUUGCCAUUAAUAACUUAAAUAUUUGAAUAAGGAGCAGAUUGAUUUCAUUGUCAAUUAUAAGUGAAACAUUGGAAACAAUAAUUAAAACGUCGAAAUUACUGAGCGCAUGGUAUUUUAGUACAAUAAAACAAUCAACGAAAGCAUUCAAUUAAAAAGCCAAAAUUUAAUCUGUAUAUUUAUAAACAGUGGAAUUGGGUUGCGUUCGUCGAGGAAUUCAGAAAAAUUAAGAAAAUUAUUUCGAGCUUGUAAAGUUUUACUAUAAUAACGUCUAUGUUGCAUUUAUCAAUUAAUUAUGUUUAAGAAGUC